AUGCCUCCAAACACCGAAGAUACCAAAGUGGAUGAUGAAUUGAGCCGUAUCACGCUUGAAGAGCUGGAUCUCAAGAAGCUUGUUCGUGAGCGAGGAUUCUAUGGUGUGCAUCCCGAUGUUUAUUAUCCACCUCUUGAGCCUUUUGAGCACAAGGACCCAGGCCAUUUGGCUGAUCCUACCAAAGCUGCACUUUUGAAUGCUGCCACCAAGGUCAUUGAUGUCACUCCUAACAUUGGUACCGAGAUCCAUGGCAUCCAGCUAUCGCAGCUAUCCGAGCAACAAAAGAAUGAUCUAGCAUUGCUGGUCGCUGAGCGUGGUGUUGUCUUUUUCCGUAGCCAGGAUCUUACUGCCAAGCAGGCAUUGGAAUUUGGUCGUCAUUUUGGACCUCUCCAUGUGCAUAACGUAGGCCCUCAUCCACCCAAUGCUCCUGAAAUUCUUACCAUCCAGGUUGACCAUGAAAACCCCAAAGUCCGUGAGCGAUAUGCAUUGAGAAGUGCGGGUGAUGGUUGGCAUAAUGAUAUCAGCUACGAAUUGCAGCCUGCAGGUCUUACCUUUUUAAAGAUUGAUACACUACCAAAAGUUGGUGGUGAUACGCUUUGGGCAUCUGCCUAUACAGCCUAUGAUCGACUUUCACCUGCAUGGCAAAAAUUUGUCGAAGGAUUGGAAGCUGUGCACUCGGGCGAUGUUCAUCGUGAAACGGCACGUAUCACAGGCUAUCCUUUACGUCGUGAAGCACCUGACAAUGUCCACCCUAUUGUGCGUACACACCCACUUACAGGAUGGAAGAGCUUGUAUGUGCAACGUGGCUUCACACGUCGUAUUGUGGGUUUUACAAAACGCGAAUCCGACGCCGUGCUCGAGUUCCUUUUCAAUCAUAUCGAGAGUGGCCAUGAUUUCCAAGUGAGGUUCAGAUGGCAAGAGGAUUCGAUUGCUGUAUGGGAUAACCGUGCCACGUAUCAUACUGCCAUCAACGACUACUUUGGCAAUGGCAUACGACAUGGCUUCCGAGUCACCCCCACUGCUGAAAGACCCUACUUUGAUCCUAACAGCAAGUCGCGUCAACAAGUUUUGGAUGAAAAGGCAUCAGUCGCCAAGAAGGAUUAA